AUGGCGGAGACCACUCAACAAUCGACCAGCGCGAUCUCGCAUCUUGACCUCGGCAUCACCCUCGCACUCAACAACUGGCCGGCGCUGACCCUCGCGGUGCAGUCACAAUGGGGCGGCCCAACCUCAGCCGAUAAGCGCGACUGGCUGUGCGGUGCGAUCUCCGAGAUGAUUGCCGACCGACCGGAGACCGACGCCGAAGACCUCGAGGACGUGCUGGUCCAAGUGAUGAACGACGAGUUUGACGUCGUGGUUGACGACGAGAGCGCGGCCAGCGUGGCGGUCCAGAUCAUGCAGAUGAGAGAGCAGAUUGCUAGCGGGGAUACGGCGUCCAUCCAGCAGCUUUGGGAAGAGUGGCAGCGGAAAAACGAGCGAAAGGGAGCUGGCGGUGCGGACGCGGCCGCGGCGGCCAUGUUCAAGAAGGUGGAAACGCGAGACGAGGAUCAAGAGACUGAUGACGACGAGGACGACGAUGGAGAUGAUGAUGGUGAUAUGGAUAUGACGGAGGCACCGGCCUUGGUCCGCGCUCCGAGGGAGAAGGUCGAGCCAGAGGUUGAUGAAGACGGGUUUACAAAGGUGGUCGGGCGGAAGAAGAGGUGA